CUCCAUGAGAGGUGUGGCUUCGAUAUGGAGCAGCACAGGUAUGCCCGGGUGACGCCGCUGUCUCUCCUCAAGGACAUUUACACACGCCUGCUUAAUAUGUCCUCACUUUAAAAAAUGGCUUUUUAAAACUUUUCAAAAGGUCCACAAUUUUUGUUUUCCUUAAAAAUGAAGACGCAUGAGGGAUUAAGUGGUCAAGUUUUGAUGAUUAUUUGGGCUUUUGCUUUUUCUGGUGCCAACGGGCAGCUUCUUGUGUCCGCACCGGGCGACACCCAGGUAGACACCCUCGCGGGCGCCAACCUCACCCUGGCCGUGUCAUUCGAUGGGGCGCCGGACCCGGCCAUGAACUGGUUCAAAGGCCGCCUGCCCAUUGUCACCUGGACGGUGGGCUCAGACGCCCCUCCGGAUGUAGCGGAAGAAUACAGGGAAGUGCUGAGGCUGGAACCCAACGGAUCCCUCAGCUUUGUCCACGUGCCGCUGGGCUACGACGGAAACUACACAGUGGAGAUGACCAAGUCUGGGUUGGGGACCGGUUCCCUCAAUUUCACUCUGAGGGUCUUUGAACUCUUCGAGAACGUGACAAUGAUGGCUUUUCCGGAUUUAAUCGAAGAGGGCAGCGAGCAGUUGCAGCUGCAGUACCGCAUGCUGCGAGGUGUGGUGGAGCAGCAGCGGUGGUUCUUCAACGGCCAGCCCGUAGCAGAUGGAAAAGGCGGCUCGCGUUAUUCGCUGCGGCCCGGCACACUGGUGGUCCGUGAGCCCCGCCGGAACGACACAGGACGGUACACCGUGUCGCUGAGCAACCCCUUCAGCAGCGUGACUCUUGACUUGAACAUCACUGUCUUGUAUGGUCCAGAUGAGCCCAGCAUCCAAAUCAGCCCAAUUCAGGACUUCUACUUACCAGGAGAUUCGCUCACCCUGUCCUGCCUGGCGGAUGGGGAACCACAGCCCCUCGUGAGGUGGACGUAUGAUGGCGAGACGUUGUCUGAUAACUCCAUGGGUGUCCUAAAUCUCACAGGAGUACAGACCAAGCAAAAUGGCCUUUACAACUGUGACCUGCGCAACCAAAGGACAGGAGCGCAACGAGACAAAACCGUCGCGCUAAAUGUUUAUGAGAAACCACCAGGAGGUCCACAGUGUUCCGUGGUGUCCGAGGACAACCGACGCUUGCGGUACGGCUGCCAGUGGUCGGGCGGAACGCCGCCGGCCAGGCUCUCCUUCCCAGAUUUUGGUGACGACAGCAGCCUUGAGAACUUUACCUUGAGCAUCAACGUAUCGAGCCAGUUGGACGGGAAGAUUGUCACAUGCCAGGGACAACAUCCUGUGGAAAACAGCAAGUGUGACGUUACGGCUGGGAGUCCGCAGAAUUUCCUCCCGAUCGUGCGAACCAACGUGGACGCUGAGGGCAAAAUAGUGGUGAGCAUCAGCUGCCUCAGCCGGGCCACGCCUCCCGCCACUGUGUCGUGGUUCCGAGGUGGCGAGCCGGUCGUGGACGGUGACCUCAUCAGUGAUGACACCGCCCGCUUGGAUAUCCGUCAUCGCAACGUCAGUGUACUCCUCCUCCAAAACUACACUUGCACCUGCCGAAACCUCCUGGGCGGCCGCACAAAGCACAUCCGCUUGCAAGAGCCGUCCAUCUCCAAUUUCAGUUUGUUCCCGCACAAGGACGGCACCAUCAUCACAUUGACGUGGGAAGUCCCCCCCACCUCCAUCGUCACAGGUUUUGACAUCCAGAUGAGCGGGCCAGCCCUGGUGAGUGCAGACGGGAAUCUCAGUCAGUCCAAAGGCAGCGCAGACACAUUCCGCACCAUCCUGCCCAAAGCCGGUUCGGCCCGAAGUGCCGACAUCUUCCACCUGGAUCCCAAAUCCACGUAUCGUUUUCGGGUUCUUCCCAGAGCUCUAAUGGUCGAGGGCCAGCCAACGAAUGCCAGACGGAUCGGCCCAGCCGAGGGUCUGAGCGGUCCAGCCAUUGCAGGCAUUGCGGCCGGAAUCCCCUGCAGCCUCCUCUUCCUGCUUCUUGUGUGUGGCCUCAUUUAUUUGGCCAUCUACUGGAGCAGAGCUAAAAGACAGCAGACCAGAUAUCCGGUGUCCAGGGCUGCUGAGAAGGUAACGACCACCCAGACGCAGACGCCUCAGAAUCUACUGCCAAGAGGCGUCAAGUCUCCCCCCGACUACAACAGACUGCGUCAGACACCGUCCAGCCUCUCUGUGGCCCCGCCCACCUUUGUCCCCCCACCGCCCGUCAGAGUUGCAACAACAGUUUGAGCCAGUUGAAUUUUGUACAGUAGGAUUUGUUUUUCAUUUUGUAUUGUAACAUAUCAGAAGACAAUUUCCUCAAGGAUAGAUUUUUACACUAGCACAAAUUUAACUGCAGUUUAUGGUCAUUUUGUGAUCAUAUUUAGUCGUUGAAUUAGUAUUAUUAUAUAAUUAAAUGUUUUUAUCUUAAAUGUUCCGCUUGAAAGUUUUCUGUGUUUAUUGAGAGUUAAAAUAUGCAUUGUGCAAAGAUUUUAGAUCAGUAUUUUUCUGUUAGAAUGGAAUCAUUUGGUAAAUGUGUAUAUACUGUUAAAAUGGUUUACAAUUGUAUCUCACAUGCUCUCGGUUUGGCAAAGGUGAGUUUGGAUAUUUAUUCAUCUAUGUAAAUUUAUAUGAAAAACUACUCAAAUACAAUACUUGUUUAAAGUAC